AUGGCGAACGACGGGAUUGAGAUGGGCAAUUUGCCUGUCAAGUCGGUUCAGAUGAGUGUGUCGCACGCUCGCUCAGGUUCUGAUGGGGGGUUUCAUGGUGGACUAUCGACCUCUAGGUCAAGUAGGAAAAAGAUGGAGAGGAGUUUUGGUUCACUCUCCAUCCUUUCAUUAUCACUCACCUUGCUAUCAUCGUGGGAAUCCGUCGCAAACAGCUUCGAGUCUGGCCUAGUCAAUGGCGGCCCAGCUGGUCUGGUCUGGGGCAUGGUGUUGUCAAUAAUUGGCACCAUGGCUAUGGCAUUAUCGCUAGCUGAACUGGCGUCUAUGUGUCCAAGAGCCGGAGCACAGUACCACUGGACCGCAAUGCUAGCACCGCCAUCAACUCGUGCAUUCAUUACCUGGAUGCAGGGCUGGAUCACGGUCUUUGGAUGGCAAGCUGCUGUCGCCAGUAUCUGCUACCUGCUAGCGACACAGAUCCAGGGAAUGGUGAUGCUCAGCAAUCCAGAUUAUAUCAGCAAACAGUGGCACGGAACGCUGAUCAUGUGGGCCAUCAUUGCUGUGGUGGGGCUUGUCAACAUUUAUGGAAUCAAGAUCCUACCCGCUUUGCAGAUGCUUGGUGGAAUCAUGCACAUCGUCUUCUUCAUCGCCAUUGUCGUCCCACUCGUGCUUCUGUCGCGUCGCAGUACCUCUGAGUUUGUAUUUACCGAGUUGAUGACGACGGAGGAAGGAUGGCAGUCCAAGGGCGUGGCUUGGUGUCUCGGCAUGUUGACGGUGACAUAUUGCUUUCUUGGAUUCGACGGUGCCAUUCAUAUGAGUGAGGAAGUGCGAAAUCCCGCAACGGUCAUCCCCCGUAUUCUAGUGCAGACGAUCGCCAUAAAUGGCUUCAUGGCCUUUGUCUUUCUUCUCGUCAUCCUAUUCUGCAUCGGCAGCGUCUCGGAAGCAUUGAACCCGCCCUAUAUUUAUCCAAUGAUCGGAAUCUUCAAACAGUCCACCCAGUCUGCUGGGGCAGCUACCGCCAUGCAGACCGCCAUCGCCCUCAUAGGCAUGGUGUCGAAUACCGGCGUGGUCGCAUCUGUAUCACGACUGACAUGGGCGUUUGCCCGCGACGGAGGACUGCCGUUCUCCAACUUCUUCUCCCACGUUGACCGCAACCAACGUGUGCCGAAACGAGCCAUCUACCUUGUUUGCGCCGCAGUCUUAAUUCUCUCGGUAAUCAACGCCGCCUCGGAGACGGCCCUGAGCGCCAUUCUUGCUCUUUCUACCAGCUCACUUUACGUAUCUUAUCUCAUUCCGAUCGUCCUGAUGAUCAUCCGCCGUGUGGAUACUAGCCGUGGGCCGAUCUCAUUUGGACCCUGGACCCUGGGCCGCUACGGUAUGGCGAUCAACAUUUUUGCGUUGGUCUUCGGUAUCUUCGUUUGCAUUUUUGUUCCAUUCCCUACGAUGAUCCCGGUUACAGCUGCAAAUAUGAACUGGUCAGGGCCUGUGUUCAUUGGGGUUGUCAUAUUGUUGGUUAUAGAUUGGACAUUCCGGGCUAGGAAGAAGUAUAUUGGGCCCAUGAAGGAUCUUUUAGAGACGGAAGCCAAGACUAAUAUUGCUUAA